AAUUUUAAGGUUGGCCAUAGCGUCGUCGUUUCAUUUUUGCCUCUGUUUUACAGUUUUUGUAGAAUUGCGGCGGUUGUGAUUCCAAGGAUAAGCGAAAAUGCCUGUUACAGCCAUGAGUUUAAACCUAGUUGGUGCAUUCAGAGGCCUCUCUCUGGUCUCUUCCUCUUCUUCUUCCUUCUUCAAGGGCGAUUUCGGUUCCAUUCAACCCCCUCCCAACCUCUCCGUCUCCUUUCCUAACAGAUUCCCUUUAACCAUCGAAAGUGCACACAAGAAAGGAGCUGGAAGCACCAAGAAUGGCCGCGAUUCCAAAGGCCAGAGGCUCGGCGUUAAAAUCUUUGGUGAUCAAGUCGCCAAGCCCGGUUCCAUUAUCGUCCGCCAGCGCGGAACCAAGUUCCAUGCCGGAAAGAAUGUGGGGCUUGGCAAGGACCAUACAAUUUUCUCAUUGAUUGAUGGGCUUGUAAAAUUUGAGAAGUAUGGACCUGACAAGAAGAAGGUGAGUGUGUACCCAAGAGAAGUGCAGCCUGAGAAUCCCAACAGCUAUAGAGCAAGGAAGAGGGAGUACUUCAGGCUGCAAAGAGAGCGCAAGAAAGCAAGGAAGGAAGGCGUCGUUGCUCAAGCUCAACUAAUAUUAGCUUCCACUGAUGCACCAGUAACCAAUCCAAUUUGCUGAUUUCCAGAGGCUGCUCUUCAUUCUCUGCUUGUUGAAAAGCUCUGAUGAUCUGUUGCAGUAAGAAGGUCUGCUUCACUAGCUUCUGUUUUCUUUAGUUUGUGCACAUAUAAUUUGCUGGAUUCUUCACGGGAUCAUGUUUCAUAAUUAUUCUCAACAGAUAAUACUGAGUGAUUUUGAUGAA